CUGCAUUCAGCCGAGGUAUCGCAUUCAUUCCAUCACUUCCAUCACUCCUCACAGCCCUCCGUCCUAUCUGGCAUCUCACUAUCUUAUCUCGACUUACAUCCACCGUGACAAAUGUCCUCAGCCUGAUAGAUCGACAUCCUGUCGAUGCACGAGUACUGUGCACAAUUUCCGAUUCCGAUAUCGAAGGUAUCUCCCAUCAUUGGCCGCUCGUCCUGCAGCGUCCGAUUAAAGCCCGACCCAACGCCAACUGCCUCCAGACUGGACUGGCCUUGCCCAAUCCGGAUUUACGUAAAGGAUCAUCUAUCAGUCCUCCGUCCCCAUUUCCCAGACAAGGUUCAAUCAAGGUUGGGAACAACCGGCUCCUUCAGGCCGAUCCGGACGCUACAGUACAGCCAUAGUGGCUCCGGCACCCCUGGGCCGGCACUCCAGCUCAGUAUGACGUCCUCCACCCGGGCCACGGUCGACCAUCCGCUGCGCCGGCCGGCAGUCAAUCGCGAAUGGCGUGGAUGCGGCGACCUGCCGACAAUCCAAUUUUCGAGACCUCGCAUCGCAUCGCAUCGGCCCUGGCUCUGCCCGAACUGGUCGGCACCGGCGCUGAUUCGUCGCCAGAGACGUCCUCGCGGCGGUUCGCUGAUAAGACGUCCUUGCUGACAGGCAGACAGCCUCGCUGGCGGAUCUCUCCCAUCUUUGGGAACGAUCGAUCCCCGCUCCCUUGGGACCCUGGGGUGGACCCGGUUCCUGCGGAUGCUAUCUGUGGCGUAUCCUUACCCUGUCUGUGGUAUAUGUCUUUGUGAACUGCACUGUGACUGGUGC